AUGGCUCGCAUCCGCCCCGAUCCCAAGGACCGCUUCGUGAACAGCGACGACAAACGGGCCUGCAUCGAGUGCUUUGCCACCAACAAUCACAUGAUGGGCUGUACGAAGGACCCCAAGAACCGCGCUCAGUCUGCGAUGGACCCCACCAAGCUGCGCCUCGCCCGGCUCGAGUCCGCCGCCGCCGAUCACGAAGCGGCCACCGGGCAAGAUGUGUACGACUGCGAUGCUGCAGCUCGAGAAGCAGACGCUGGCGAGGAUGAUGAAGCCUUCGAGGGCGACGAGUCCGUCGCGCUUAGCCGUCCCGACCUCAAGGCGCACCUGGACGAGAUGUGGCGGAGCGACAAGACCAAGUGGCCCAACGACUCGUUCAUGCUCCCAAGUGCGCUGCUCAAGGCGGGUACCCCAACGAUGCUCGACUUCUUUUUCUCCAACAUGCAAGUCUUCGUCAAGCGUCCGUUCUUGUUUUACGGCGACGUCAUGGGCGACUUUGGCUUGAAGUGCGUUGCGUGUGGAGAGUAA